AUGUUUUUAUCGUCUGUCGUGCAAAUGACAAUGGUCAAGAUUCCUUCUCCGAUCCGCUUCUCCCCUCUCCUACUCCCACUUGUUCCUGUUCCACCCAUAGAGAGCAUUGGUAUCCCAAGUGAAUGUCUUUUGCUGAAGAAAAUGUUUGAUCAUGAGUUAGAGGCUCCAAGGACAUCGUGUGCAAGUUUAGUUAAAGGGAGGUCACAAGCUAAUGCACUAACUUUGUACCUCCAUUUUUGUCUUUUGUUGAGACGUGAGUGCUGCUCGUUUAGUAAUGGUGAAUAUGUGAAGUCAGGAUUGGCUGAAUUAGAACAAUGGUGCUGUUAUGCAACUGAGGAAUAUGCGGGGACCGCAUGGGAUGAGUUGAAGCAUAUCAGACAAGCAGUUGGAUUCUUGUUUAUACAUCAAAAGCCUAAGAAGACUUUGAAUGAAAUUACCAAUGAACUUUGUCCCGUGCUUAACAUACAACAGCUAUACAGAAUCAGCACCAUGUAUUGGGAUGACAAAUACGGGACCCACAGUGUUUCAUCAGAAGUCAUUUCAAAUAUGAGAGUCAUGAUGACAGAGGACUCAAACAAUGCAGUCAGCAGCUCAUUCUGGUUAGAUGACGACUCCAGCAUACCGUUCUCUGUGGAUGACAUCUUAAAGUCUAUGCCACAAGUAGACAUAGGAGAACCUCCACCUUUGAUACGCGAAAAUUCAGCCACAAUUUCAAACUUCAAUGCACCUGGUGUCCCUAUUGCUGAUAUGGAGUUUCUUGACCUUUGCAGUGGUGAACAAGAGGCACUUUUACUUCUCAAGGUAUUUCUAAUGUCAACAUUUGCUUUAACUAAUUGGCUAAGUGUAUUACUAUAUAGGAAGAAACCAAAGGCACAAGCUUGUAGAAGAAGAGUUGACACUGGUUGA